AUGACGGCCGAGAGCGGGCCGCCGCCGCCGCCGCCGCAGCCGGAGGCGCUGGCGGCCGUGAAGGAGGAGCGCGGUGAGGCGGGGGCCGGCGGGGGACCUGCGGAGGCCGCGGGUCGCGGCGCCGGUGGGCGGCGGCGGAAGCGCCCCCUGCAGCGGGGCAAGCCGCCCUACAGCUACAUCGCGCUCAUUGCCAUGGCCAUAGCGCACGCGCCGGAGCGCCGCCUCACUCUGGGCGGCAUCUACAAGUUCAUCACCGAGCGUUUCCCCUUCUACCGCGACAACCCCAAAAAGUGGCAGAACAGCAUCCGCCACAACCUCACGCUCAACGACUGCUUCCUCAAGAUCCCGCGCGAGGCCGGCCGCCCGGGCAAGGGCAACUACUGGGCGCUCGAUCCCAACGCCGAGGACAUGUUCGAGAGCGGCAGCUUCCUGCGCCGCCGCAAGCGCUUCAAGCGCUCUGACCUGUCCACUUACCCGGCUUACAUGCACGACGCGGCCGCCGCCGCCGCCGCCGCUGCCGCCGCCGCCGCCGCCGCCAUCUUCCCGGGCGGGGUGCCCGCCGCGCGCCCUCCUUACCCCGGCGCGGUCUAUGCCGGCUACGCCGCACCGUCGCUCGCCGCGCCGCCCCCGGUCUACUACCCGGCCGCCUCGCCAGGCCCGUGCCGCGUCUUCGGCCUGGUGCCUGAGCGGCCGCUCAGCCCAGAACUGGGCCCCGCGCCCUCGGGGCCCGCCGGUUCCUGCUCCUUUGCCCCGGCCGGCGGCUCUGCAACUAGCACCGCUUACCAGCCGGGCGGCUGCGCCGGUGCCCGGCCCGCCAACACUUCCGCCUAUGCGGCCGCCUACGCUGGCCCCGACGGCACGUACUCGCAAGGGGCCGGCGGGGCCCUCUUCGCAGCGGCUGGCCGACUGGCCGGGCCCGCUUCGCCCCCCGCGGGUGGCAGCGGCGGUGGCGUCGAGACUGCGGUGGACUUCUAUGGGCGCACAUCGCCCGGCCAGUUCGGAGCGCUGGGGCCCUGCUACAAUCCUGGUGGGCAGCUCGGAGCGGGCAGUGGAGGCGCCUACCAUGCUCGCCACGCGGCUGCCUAUCCGGGCGCGGUGGAUCGGUUCGUGUCCGCCAUGUGA